UAGGCUUUCCAUCGGCCUAUCGCUGCUCUCCUGCACGCUUACGACGACACCCGGAAGCAACGACCUGCCUGCUUUGUUUUGUUUUGGUAGUGGGAGUUGGGUGAGAGGCAGACAGACGAGCAGGCGGCGGUACGCACGGGAGAGAGCCGCUCUCUAAAUGGGGAGAGCUAAAUCGGGAAUGGAAAAUGACGGCCCGAUAGCUGACGCCUGUAAAAUGCCGAGUUUCAUCAGCGGCAUCGAGGAGGGGAGGGUGAAAUUGUCCCGCAACCUGCCGACACAAACUUCCCUCACGGACGGUAAAGUUGAGCGGACGCUCGGAGAUUUGAGCCGACGUGUCACCAGGUCAAACUCUCGGCUAUCGCUGGACGAAAGCGACAGGGACCCGGGGGGGAAGGAUGCGGAGGGCAACAACAACAACAACUGCAACGGCGGAGGGAGAGCGAGGAGGAGGGCGAGCGCUGUCGACAUCCUGAGGAAGAAUUUCGGGGAUUCAAAAUCUCCCUCUUUCCGUCUAAACGGAGGCAGUCGGAUGCAGUGCGGAGCCGAGCUUGAAAACCACGAAGGAAGCGUUAACGACACUCAAGAUUAUGUACCUGAUUGUAGCGGGUCUACAAAGUCGGACGUAGAAACGGGCGAAGCCGAGGUGGAAAACGAACCAACCUCGAGCGAGUUACCGAGUUUGGGUGUUCGGGCAGUUGAAUUGUUAACCGUUACAGGUCAGCGCCAUCAUACGUGUGACAACAGCGGCAGCACGGCCACUCCGGAGGGGUCUGUCAGUGCCAAAGAGCACGUCUACUGCACCGUUUACUGCAUUGCCAACGACAGCCAUGGAAAAGACGCCGAAAUCACGGACCGCUCCGAUGACACGGUCGCACCAGACGCGUCAGAACGGGACUUGGAGACUGGGCAGGAUGCGGGUUCGAGUCUCGAGCCGCAACCGUACACAGUGGACGACCUGGUGGAUCCUUUCGGGGACUUGUCCCACCGGCUGUCCGCGGAGCAGGCCGGCGCCGAGGGUGCGAUGCAGAGUUGCCGGGUGUGCAUGGAAGAGAAAACCAUCGCACCCCUGCCCUGCUGCAGGAAGGCCGUGUGUGACGAGUGUCUGAAACUCUACGUCAGCUCCCAGGUGCGAGUGGGGAAAGCUCUUAUCAGCUGUCCGAUCACGGAGUGUAGUGGCAACCUGGAGGAAGGACUGGUGAUUUCCCAUUUGACCAAAGAGGAGGUGGCAAAAUAUCGUUACUUCUUGGAGCUGAGUCAGCUGGAUUCGAGCACAAAGCCCUGCCCCCAGUGCAGUCAGUUCACUUCUCUCAAGACGCACACCCCCAACCGCUCCGAGCACAAGUAUAAAAUCCAGUGUAGCAAUUGCCAGUUUGUGUGGUGCUUUAAAUGCCACGCACCUUGGCACGACGGGCUCAAAUGCCGCGACUACAGGAAAGGAGACAAGCUGCUACGUACCUGGGCGAGCGUCAUUGAGCACGGACAGAGAAACGCCCAGAAAUGCCCCAAGUGCAAGAUUCAUAUUCAGCGUACGGAGGGAUGCGAUCAUAUGACCUGUGUGCAGUGCAACACCAACUUCUGUUACCGCUGCGGAGAGCGCUACAGACACCUGAGCAGAUUUUUUGGGGACCACACAUCCAACCUCAGUGUGUUUGGCUGCAAGUAUCGCUAUCUCCCCGAUAAACCUCAUCUGAGACGGCUAAUUAGAGGCUCUGUCUGUGCCUCUAAGGUGCUGAUAGCUCCUGUGGUCAUUCUGCUGGUCGUGGUGCUCGGAGCUCUCGCGCUGGUGAUAGGGUUGGUUGUUUUCCCGAUUUAUUACGUGUGCAAGAAGAGGAAGAAGCAGCAGCGCACCAGAGGCUCCGGACGAUGGAUCUGAAGCUCGUCCUUCUUUCCAUGCAGACCUCACACACACACACACACACACACACACACACACACACACACACACACACGGCUUGGAAAGACAACACCCGCACCUCCUCAGGGACAGACCUGCCAGCCUGAGUCAUCACAAAACUCUUGAGAUGAGCAACACAAACUAAACACUGGCAGUUAGGAAGGACCUCAGGUGGAAUGAUGCAUCUAAAUCUAUAACGUGAGGCCUGCAUGAAUGCACAUCUUUACAUCUGGAUUAUAGCUCUCAAGUGGGACUACUGCAAAAUGAAUGCUGUAUCAGGAUGCUGGAUAUUUACGCAGAAGAGUAAUUUAAAAACAAAAAGUUAAAAAACAAAAAAAGGAACCCACCCCCCCAAUCAGCUGCUGUCUUGCACAGUGCUCGUCACAUAGAGGAUGUUAAAUGUAGGAACUUCUGAGGACUUUCUUGGAUACACUGCAGGAAGUUUCAAUCAGUGCACAUUUUCCACGAAUGUCACACUUUUUAUUUUAUUAUUUUAAAGGAGAACAACCAUAAAUCGCAGCUUAAGCAGCUGCAGUUUGGUUUGCGCCCUUGCUUUCCUACCUGCGGUUAGUUUGACGCUGAGAUGUAGGAAUACUGUGGACAGGAGGCUUUUAUUGUGUCAGAUACCGGUAAUUAUGAAGGCGCCAGAAAUGCCGGCUGCACGGUGAUAGCAGAGCCACGCGGAUGAAAAAGAAGGAAAUACGUUUUUAUUCAUUUGCAAAGGUUGUUUGUGCCGCUGUUGGCUGGAGGAAAAAUUGAUGAGAAAUGGAAAUGAAUUUGGAACAAGCACUGAUAUCAAGUUCUCACUGAUGCAACGCAAGCUGGACCUCAACUUUUCCCAGCGUAGGUCAGAUAUUUGGAAAAAUUUCCAUCGCAGUUUGAGUAUCUGGCAAACCGACAGGGUAGACAGUAAUAUCAAAGGAAGGAUGAUACUUGACUAUUCUGGAUAACAGCGACUGCCUCUCAAAUUCUCGCUAGAAGGUUUGAAGAUUGGGUGUAUACCCAACCUUAAGAGUGACGUCUGGUGUUAAAGACCGCACACACACUAACACACACGAAAGUGAAACUUUGGAAGGCCUUUUGGAGUUCUAACAAGCCUCUGUUGUUUUCUGUUAUGGUUUUCCAUCAAACCUUCAUCCUGUCUUUCCCCGUCUCUCUUGCUGUCUUUUUGUCCCACCUCUCUGUCUGUCUGUCUGUCUGUCUGAGCUGAUGCUGGUUUACACUCUCCCUCUCUGCAUGGCAUGUUGUUUCCAGUGAGCCCACAUGCUGUAUGCCAGUAUCUGCAUCAUCAAAAAAAAAGGAGCUGCUGUGCCAAAACAAAGCGCUGAAUAUGGCGGGAUAGACGGUUUACCGUUUCCCUUUGUUAUUUGUUUUGUUUUUAUUGUUCUUUUAGACGUGAACUUUUGCAGGGGUGUCGAUGAGGUGUAAUGGAGUGUGCACAAGAAAUGGGGAUCAAAACAAGCUGUAGAAGUACGGUAGAUAGUUGGAAAGUGCUCAGAAGAGCAGAAACUGACUGAAAAGACGGAGAAUAGAAUGUAGAGUUAGGCCCGCGGUUUACCAAAGAGCUAAACAGGGUGUUAUUGUUCUUAAGGUCAUCCAGUUUAUUUGGAUGUCAGCUGUAUGUGGAUCAGUUUUGUGUUUUUGUUUGUUUGUUUGUUUGUUUGAAGCUGUCUGCCUGCUUGACAGUUUGGAUAGUGACAAAGCAGUUUUGACGCAAACCUCUGAAUUCAUUCGCACUGGCACGAGAGAGAGUGCGCACAGCGAGCGCUGCCAGGAAACGACAGAUUUUUAAGAGCUUUAAAGGUCGCCACCUGGCAGCAGUCAGCCAGCUGCUCUCUCCACUUAUCCUGUCAUUCUUUUUGUUUUUUUUGUGGGUUUUCAUUUUACUUUAUUUCUUUUUUUUUUUUUUAUAUAUACCUUUGAUGCCUCGUGAUUGUCCUUUAACAUCUUUUGUCCGUGCCACUGCCCCGUGAGGUGUGACUGGACUCUGACCUCAGCUGUGAGUGGAUGUGGAGAGGCGGGUGAUUACAGUACACAAAGCUCAAUUGCUGCAGCAGCCACAGAGAAAAAGGAAGCAUCCAAACCAAUUGCUUUUUUUUUUUCUCCACACUUCUGAUAUGUGAAAAUAGCACACAUCUGCCCAGUGGUGCACUGUGGAAGUGAAAAAGGCUUCCAAAUCAGUCCCAGACUUCUUUUUCUUUUUCUUUUUCAUGGAGUGGGGAUGGCAUUUUAAAGGAGACGCAUUAAGAAAAACACAAAGAGACGACACGGUAGAGUGAGUAAAUAUGUGGAAGGCCAAGUGAUGAGAGGUUCCAGGUGAAAUGUCUCAAUCUGAAAUAAACACUGUGGCUGAAGGCGGGAAGUUUGUGUCUGUGCAUCCGUAGCAGUUGCCGUCGGAGCGAAUAUUACAGCACGUUUCAUCACUGAAGCAGAUGUUGGAUGAUUUGCAGUGCAAUGCCAUUAACUGGGAUUUAUCCCAGGGACCUGAUCUCUUUUCUACAUCUGGGAGUUAACACAUACAACGUGUCAGCUGUAGGUGCAAUAUACAUACACAGAUUGUUACACACCCGAUCUGAACAACCACAACGGGGUCACGAUUCUGGGUUUGAAUCUGCUCUCAGGAAGUUUGCUUUUCUCUUCACUGUAACCCAGAGCCUCCCAUCUCACCUGAGCUGUGCCACAGAUAUCCUCAACUGCACUCUAGAGUCGCAACUCUUCCCGAUGCCUGGAGCUCCAGGGAUUAGAAACCCUGGUUUAAAUUCCAGGAAGUAAAACCACUGUAGUGUCAAAAGAAGAUCAAACUGUCUGGGUGCAGCCGCCACUGUCCGGUCACGGGUUAAACCUGUACAUUAAAAUAUGUAUUAGUAAAUCAGCAGCAUGGAGGCGGAUGUGCAGUGAAUGGGCCAAACUGAAUGCUUUUAACAUUUACUCACAUGCAUUUCAUGCAGGCACGUUUCAGCUACACUGGUGUAUUGAAUUGCUGCUUGUUUUUUUGUUUUUGUUUUUUUUAAAGUUAUUAAAUGGUUGACAGAGCAUAUGACGGUUAUGUCCUUUAGACUAUUUCCAUGGCGUUUUCCUAAAUUUGAAUUUUUCUUUAAUGGUUAGCUCGUUAGAAAAAAAAAUGGCAAAUUUGCCUUUUGUUUUUGGUUUUUUUUGUAAAUACAGAUACAUGAGGUCUUAUGGGGUGGUUCUUUUCCAUGUCACAUCAGGUUUUUACCCUUUUAUACACAUCUGUGUUGCAUAACUCUGCCCAGUGCUAAUGCCAAGCUGAAAUCCCAUUUUUGUUGUUACUGUUGUUGUGUUACUAUAGCCAGGAGCUCUUUGGUUAAAGCUGUAACUAGAAGCUGCUCUGUAUAUUCAUUUAGUGACAUUAGAGUUGAUUCAGGCCAUGAUUUUUUUCCCCUUGCUGGGAAGCAUUGGCUGGUUGACACCCAUGGUCUUUGUUUUGUUUUGUUUAUAUGACAUUCCCGGUUUUAUUGGCAUAAAUAUGCAAUGGUGCCUUCACAUCAACAAUAGAUCAGAUUACCAACUUGUUAUUCAGGGUCCUGCAAAUAUUACAGACAAGGGUGCAGUCUUAUCACAGCCUGCUGUUGUAUGUGUUAUUUAUUAGAACAGUUAAUAGAGCAGUACAACAGGCUUCUUGAUGUAAAAUAAAUUUGUCUGAAACUACUGUUGAAGGAAUAUAUAUUUAUGGAUGUCUUACCCAUACCACACAGAAGAUAUGCAGAUGACUCAGUGUUUUCCUGCUAAAAAUAUGUUUUAUAGCUUCAGAUUAAACUAAACUUCUGAAAUUUUAUAAGUGCCACAAUCCAGUGGGCCUCGCUACAUCCCAAAUACUCUUUGUACCUUUUUGCACAAGUUACUCUGUCACCAUGUUUCCGACUCGCUCUUUGGAUUAAUUCGAGGAGGCUGUUGCACUCAUCAGAUGAACAUAAUUUAAGGCCGACAUGGGACUAACCCUGUCUCGAUGAAAGAGUUAAUCACGCCAAAAAAAAAAGAUUUCAGUGUCAUUUCAGCAUAAGUUUGACUCAGGACAAGUGAUGUUGCAAUAUGGUGGUGUACUAUCAGUAACAUCGGGUUGGGUUUUCCCUAUCUAGACAUGCAAAGUUGUUGGAACGACAACAGCAGCAGGUUUAUGUGUACACGCCACAGUUAUCCACGGGUAUUUCUAUUCAAGGAAAUGUUAGAGACGCUUGAUAAGUAUGUUCCUUGUUUUCACCAGGAAAACAUUCUUCCACCUGCUGCCACUGUCAGAAACAUCUGCUGGUAAUAUUUGUUAUUGUUGCUCACUUAGCCAGGCACAAACACUGUUUUCUCCUGAACAUUUGCUUUAUUAACGGAGAAUAAAGUAAAGUAAGUCAAA